CAAUCUCCUAAAAAUCUCUGUGAAACAACACUCGUAGAAUAUCCCCAAUUCCCCACCCCUCUGUUUUCUAUCUCAUCUCUCUCUGUUUGUUGGGAGGUUUGCAGGAUAGGGCCCUCUGCCCUCCUUUUACCUAUCUCUCUCCUCAUUCCUCAUCCUCUUCUCUGUGGUGUCAAAUUCUCGAAUUUUCAUAUACCCAGAGAAAAGUUUUUUUUUUUUAAAAAAUCAAAUCUUUAGCCGACAUAUUUGAAACCCUAGACCAUAAAAUUCCCAAUCUGUUCCUAGACCCUUUUCUCUCAGAUCUUAUCGGGAGGAUUACAAUUCGAAGAAAGCUUGGAGCUUUUAUCGAUAUUGGGGUAUGCUCAAUUUUCAAUAUCGGAAGCUCCGGUUAAGUUGUUUAUCUCUAUUUUGCUGCUGUUGCUGUUGUUAGUGUUAGUUGUAAUUAAUUAGCAAUUGAAAUGUCGCUUCUUCCCAAUAGUGAUUCAAUACACAUUAGAGAGGUUUGGGAUGACAAUCUCGAUGAAGAAUUUGGUCUAAUUUGUGAUAUAGUGGAUGAUUACCCUUUUGUGGCUAUGGAUACUGAGUUUCCUGGAAUUGUUCUUCGCCCUAUUGGUUGUUUUAAGAGUAGCUCUGAUUUUCAUUAUAGAACUCUCAAGGAUAAUGUCGACAUGUUGAAAUUGAUUCAAUUAGGCCUUACCUUUUCUGAUGAACUAGGAAACUUACCCACAUGUGGUACUGAUAAAUUUUGCAUUUGGCAAUUCAAUUUCCGCGAAUUUAACAUCAAUGAGGAUGUUUUUGCCAAUGAUUCUAUUGAGCUUCUUUGCCAAAGUGGGAUCGAUUUUAAGAAAAAUAAUGAGAAGGGCAUUGAUGCCAAGAGGUUUGGGGAGCUUUUAAUGUCGUCAGGGGUUGUUUUGAACUAUAAUGUUCAUUGGGUUACUUUCCAUAGCGGCUAUGAUUUUGGUUACCUGCUUAAGCUCUUGACAUGUCGCAACCUUCCUGAGACGCAACAGGAGUUUUUUGAGAUGAUCAAGACGUAUUUUCCUACUGUUUAUGAUAUUAAACACUUGAUGAAGUUCUGUAAUAGCUUACAUGGCGGAUUGAACAAGCUCGCAGAGUUGUUGGAAGUCGAGAGGGUUGGUAUCUGUCACCAGGCUGGUUCAGAUAGUUUGCUUACAUCCUGUACAUUCAGGAAGUUGAAGGAGAGUUUCUUCAGUGGAUCCAUGGAGAAAUAUGCUGGUGUUUUGUAUGGACUAGGUUUUGAUAAUGGACAAACUGUUCACUGAGGCGAGGGAUAGCAACAAACGUAUUAUCAAACUUUAAAUCAAAACAACCAUGUAAAAACUGUUUUCAGAUUUUUUCCAUUCUGUCUACACUUUUGGUGAUUCAGUUUUAUAAUGAAUUUAGAUUGUUAGAAAUA